AUGGCGCGUGGGGGAGAAGUGUUAAUGGGCCUCUUCUACGAGGAUGUGAGAGAGACCGAGGGCGACACUGAAAAUGGUUGUUUUUACCAAGUCCAGCUUUGGGAGGAAAUUAUGAAAGGGUUAUGUUAUAGUGUGUCAUCAUUCUUUGUUGAUGAAUUUAUUGUCGAUGAUUGUCUAGAUAGGGAUGAGAUUGAUUGUCGUGACAAGAGUGUGUCGUCCUUCUCUGUUGAUGAAUUUAUAGCCGAUGGCUAUCUAGAUAGGGACGAGAUUGAUUGUAGACACAAGAGGUUCAGACGCUGUCACGUCGAUUUCUGA